GAAACUACAAAUCUCAUGGACGAGCGCACGCAGAAGCUGUCCACCAGUCAAUUGCGAGCUCGUAAAUACUCUACCAGCCAAGCAGAGCCGCCGUUCAUCCCACGUCUCGCGUCGUCUGCUCGUAGCGCCACGCCAUCGCGGCGCGCGCUGGCUCGGCGACACGUCGUCAAGUCACCCUCUCAGAGCUUGGCACGUCCGCAGGUUCGCGAGCCUACGACCACGAGUUUCGCGAGCAGAGCGGCAGCCCACCAAGCAGGCUCGUCAUCUUCGGCGAUGAGUUCCCGCGUCGCCGGAUCCGUCCUCCUCCGCCACCUGGGCCCGCGCGUCUUCGGGCCGACCACUCCUGCUGCGCAGAGGCCCCUGCUUGCCGGAGGAGAAGGGGGCGCCGUGGUCGUGUGGGCGCGGCCGCUGUCCACCUCCGCCGCAGAGGCGGCGAGGGAGGAGGCGGCCGCGUCCAAGGACAACGUGGCGAGCACCGCCGCCGCGACGGCCGAGGCGAUGCAGGCCGCGAAGGCCCAGGCCGUGCAGGCCGCCAAGGAGGGGGGCAAGAGCCCAGUGAGCAGCUACUGGGGCAUCGUGCCUGCCAAGCUGGUGAACAAGGACGGCGCCGAGUGGAAGUGGUCUUGCUUCAGGCCGUGGGAGGCGUACACGUCGGACACGACGAUCGAUCUCACCAAGCACCACAAGCCCAAGGUGCUGCUCGACAAGAUCGCCUACUGGACCGUCAAGUCGCUGCGCGUGCCCACCGACAUCUUCUUCCAGAGGAGGUACGGGUGCCGGGCGAUGAUGCUGGAGACGGUGGCGGCGGUGCCGGGGAUGGUGGGCGGGAUGCUGCUCCACCUGCGGUCGCUGCGGCGGUUCGAGCAGAGCGGCGGGUGGAUCCGGGCGCUGCUGGAGGAGGCAGAGAACGAGCGGAUGCACCUGAUGACCUUCAUGGAGGUGGCCAAACCCAAGUGGUACGAGCGCGCGCUGGUGCUGGCGGUGCAGGGCGUCUUCUUCAACGCCUACUUCCUGGGCUACAUCGUGUCCCCCAAGUUUGCGCACCGCGUCGUCGGCUACCUCGAGGAGGAGGCCAUCCACUCCUACACCGAGUUCCUCCGCGACCUCGAGGCCGGCAGGAUCGAGAACGUCCCCGCCCCGCGCAUCGCCAUCGACUACUGGCGCCUCCCCGCCGACGCCAGGCUCAAGGACGUGGUCACCGUCGUGCGCGCCGACGAGGCGCACCACCGCGACGUCAACCACUUCGCCGCGGACAUCCAUUUCCAGGGGCUGGAGCUCAACAAGACGCCUGCCCCGCUAGGAUAUCACUGACGAAUGAAUGCCCAGGCCGGCUUGUACUCUGCCAUUGUCAGUAAAGAACAAAAGUCGUUGCUAAUAUAUGUGUCGGAUAGGUAAGGUAGUGGUGCUUGAGAAAUAAAACGGCCGUAUGUAACGAGAGCUCCAAGAUUUCUCGAAGAACUAUUCGGUUCGCUAGCGAUGAACGGUGGUGCACUUCGGCUUGUAAUGGAAGUUGCUUCUGUUAGCAAAGGAUAUAUGGCGAACCAACCUAUGGUUGGAUGGUUAGCGGGACUGUGGUAUUCCCAGCCCAUCAGGGUUCAAAUCCUGGUGCUCGCAUUUAUUCCUGGAUUUAUUUCAGGAUUUUCGGCGAUGUGCAUACAGUGGGAGGAGACGUUCCCGUCGACGACGAGACGCCUACGGUGACUUCGUAAAUAUCAAGAUGAUAUGCUGGCUCAGUCUUUCAGAGGUGCUCAUAUGGGUAGGGCGUGCGUGUUUGCGUUCAUAGGGAUGAAUGUAUGCGCGUGUAUGAGCCCUUGUGUCUGUACUGAUGUUCAAAAAAAAUAUAAUGGGCUAAUGGCCCAUCAAA